CCUUAGUCUUGUCACAUCACUAGUUAUCAUAUCACAUCUCUAGUUCUGUCAAUGUCAUCGAUAGCAACUUGUCACUUUUAACUUGCUCUGGUCUACAACAUUGUGUCAACUGUGUCUGAAAUAAAACAAUAUAAAUUACUGUGCCAGUGAAGACUUUUUAUUAUAAAUAUAUGAACCCCCAAACAAUACAUGGUGUCAAGUGUGGGGUACAGAAAAAGCUGAGAAGAAAUACAUUAAAAUUGUCAAGAUGGACUCCGAUAAAGUCAAGCCGAUGUCUGCUGAGCAUGUGCCGCACAAGGUGAAGAUGGACUCCGACAAAGUCAAGCCGAUGUCUGCUGAGCAUGUGCCGCACAAUGUGAAUGCACUGCCAAUUCUGCACAUUUCGACGGAUGCACUAAAUAACAACGGUGAAGAGUGGAAGAAAUGGUGGCAGCAAUACGAGUUAUACUUGUUAGCAUCAGGGCUGGAUGCCACGUCAGAAAAAAGGAAAAUUGCCAUCAUGCUGCAUUCUAUGGGGGGCAAAGGGUCUUGGAUGUCUUCCGCCUGUCGUUCAUCUCAACCUCAACCCUGACGCUGUUCCGUGCGUUGAUCCACCGAGGAAAGUUCCUUUCGCCCUACUGAAGGAUCUCCGUGGCGAGCUGGAUCGCAUGGUGGAGAUGGAGGUCAUAGAAAAGGUCACUAAGCCUACUUCUUGGGUCAAUUCAGUGGUUGUAACUGUAAAAGAAUUAGGUCAGUUAAGAAUUUGUUUGGAUCCUAGACAUUUAAACAAGAGCAUAAUGAGAGAACAUUAUCCUUUAGUUAACAUAGAUGAAAUUAGGUCAAAACUUAAAGGUGCCGCAUAUUAUAGUCAUCUUGACGCAUUUUCAGGAUUUUGGUCUCUUAAAUUAGACAGUGAAAGUUCUGACUUAUGUACCUUUCAAACUCCAUUCGGUAGGUACAAAUAUUUAAGAUUACCCUUUGGAAUUAAUGCGUCAACUGAAAUUUUCUAUAGGAUUAUGCUAGAUUUGUUUGGAGAUCUAGAGGGAGUAUUAAUUUUUGUUGAUGAUUUUUUAGUCUAUGGUGAAACUGUUGAAAUACAUAAUAUGAGACUACGUAAGGUCAUGGAAAGAGUCAGGCAAGUUAAUUUAAAGUUGAAUAAGUCAAAAUGUAAAUUUUUAGUCGAGGAAGUAUGUUUUU